CACCUGGAGCCUCACCUGACAGCUUCACGCCUGAAGAGACAUCAGCUGAUGGACCCUGUGGAGAACCUGGAAGACAGGAUGUGUCUGAAGCACGAUAAACCUCUGGAGCUGUUCUGUAGGACCGACCAGACGUGUGUCUGCAUGCUCUGCACUGUGUUGGACCACAAGAUGCACAAUGUUGUUCCUCUGAAACAAGAAUGUGAAGGAAAGAAGGUGGAGCUGCAGAAGACAGAGGCUGAAACUCAGGAGAUGAUCCAGAAGAGACGCCUGAAGAUUCAGGAGGUCCAACACAACGUGAAGCUCAGUGAGGAAGAUGCAGACCGAGAGAAAGCAGAAGGUGUUCAGGUCUUCACUGGUCUGAAGGAGUCUGUGGAGAGGAAACUGAACGAGCUCAUCACUACGAUAGAAGAGAAGCAGAGAAGCACCAAGAAACAGGCUGAAGACGCCAUCAGAGAGAUGGAACAGGAGAUCUCUGAUCUGAUGAAGAGGAGCACUGAGGUGGAGAAG